AUGUUGAUUUUAGGUCUUCUGAUUAGCACGGCUCUGGCCGUGCCGAGCAAUUGGUGUGGUAACAAACCACCAACCUCAGCGCACCGAGAUGCAAUCCAAGCGUUGCGCGUUGCAGAAACCGCCGGCAUUUCUCUUCUUCGUCGCCAGAGUAGAAACUCCAGUUCUACGAUAAAUGUCCCCGUGUACAUCACCGCAGUUGUCAACACGACGGACUCGGAGGAGAUGCUGAGCGAAAUAGUGCUCAAGUCGCAGUUUGACGUACUCUCCGACCGCUUUGCUCCGUACAACAUCACCUUUACGCUGAAGAGCACGAACCGCAUGGUUGAUGACAACAAUUCCAAGGGCUUUGACUACAACGGCUGGAACUCUUUCAAGGCUGCACAGCGUAAAGGCGAUUAUGGAACCCUCAAUUUGUUCUACGUGACUAACAUGGACGAUCAGACAUGGGGGAGUGGUUCCUGCACCCUACCAGGCGAUGCGUCUGGGGGCCCUCUGGUGACUAUGCUUGACGGAUGUACACUAAAUGCCUAUACCGUCCCGGGCGGCGUGUCUGGCGGAAAGACCUAUAAAGGAGAAAUCACGGUCCACGAAGUCGGGCACUGGUUUUCUCUGCUUCACACCUUUGACGGGGAUGACUGCACUGGUCCUGGAGAUUAUGUUGACGAUACUCCUCAAGAGGCUGUCUGGGAACUGAACUUGUGCCCAGUCGGCCGGGAUUCCUGUCCUGGUCAGCCAGGACUAGAUCCAAUUGCAAACUACAUGGAUUACGCCGGUGAAGGA